AGAAGAGAAGAGAAAAGAAAAAAUAAAUAUAUAGAAGAAAAAACAUGUUCAGGACUGGACUGAUCAGUCUAUCAAAACCUGUAUAUGACUUGUGAUUCUUCUCUUCUCUGAUUCAUUCUUCUUUUCCUGUGCAUAAUAGAGUUAACAGCAUAUAAGAGGCAUGGAGAGAGCAGUGAAUGAGUUCCUGAGUGUUAGGGUGGAUUAUCCCUGUGCCUGUAUCCAUGGUUAACUGGGCAGCCAUAGAGCACCUAAUAGGAUAGGGAGUAAGCAGAACGAUGUAAUGUCAGUCAUAACGCAUCCUACCCAAAGGCAGCAGUUCGUUCGUUUAACGACUGGUUCAUCGCAGAGCCACCUGUCAGUUACGGCGAGAGCGCGCGCGUCCACGUCUGUUUGGUGACCGCGCGUGCCAGCGGCGACAACAACAACAACAUCAUGAAUAAUGAAUGAUCGCGGCGCUCAGCGCUGUGCUGAAGCCGCUCACGGGAUAUUCUCAAAGUGUCCGUGGACGUGAACAGCAGCGCGCAGCAGGAGCGCCGUGAAUGUGGUGAAGUAACGAUGUUGUUGUAGCAUUACUCCGUUUGGGAAUUGUAUUCAGAUAGAAAGACAUUUGCACUAGAAAAGUAGCAAGUAGAUUUUUUUCACUUUUUAAAAACUUUUUAACCCCAAAGAAGUAGCAUAGUAGCCUACCUAUUUCCAUUUUUGAAAGGACUUACACGGGAAAAUGAAGCCACGGAUUUUACUGACCUUUCUGACGUUUAUUGGUUCAUGUUUGUGUAAUGGAUCUGAGCUGGCUUUCCUUACAGAGCCCAGUGAUGUUAUCGCGGUACGGGACAGGCCGUUGAUGCUGGACUGCAGGGUGGAAGGCGAGGGUCCCAUUACCGUGACGUGGCAUAAGAACGGAGCUCCAGUGUUCCUGGGAGUAGGCAGUCGUGCAAAGGUCCUAUCCAACGGCACGCUCCUGAUCCGUAGCUUCCAGAAGAGACGGGAUGGAGAUGCUACUGAUGCUGGAGAGUAUUACUGUGCUGCACAGAACCACUACGGCAUGCUGGUCAGCCGCAAGGCCCACGUGCAAGUUGCAUCUCUUCCUAAAUUCCACACUCACCCAGAGCCCAUGUCAGUAGAUGAGGGAGGUGUUGCACGUUUCCAGUGUCAGGUCAAUGGUAUUCCUGAGGCCAAAAUUACUUGGGAGAAAGACCGUGUUGUGCUUGGAACAUCUGAUGACAGGUACACACUUCUCCCAAUGGGUAUUCUGCAGAUUACAGGAGUUAAGAAAUCAGACGCUGGUGUCUAUCGCUGUGUUGCCACCAAUAUCGCCAACACCCGCUACAGCCACGAGGCCUAUCUGAACGUAACCGGUGGUGUUCCUCGCACCUAUAAGGAGCCAGUCAUCCUGUCCGGCCCACAGAACCUCACCAUCACCGUCCAUCAGACCGCCAUUCUGGAGUGUAUCGCCACUGGAAACCCUCGUCCGAUUGUGUCUUGGAGUAGACUUGAUGGCAGAUCUAUUGGAGUGGAGGGCAUACAAGUGCUUGGGACAGGGAACCUGAUGAUCUCAGAUGUCUCCCUUCAGCAUUCUGGAGUGUAUGUGUGUGCUGCCAACCGGCCUGGUACCAGGAUGAGGCGUACUGCAUUGGGCAGGCUGGUAGUUCAAGCUCCUCCAGAGUUCAUUCAGUGGCCGCAGUCUGUGUCUAAACCAGCAGGAGGCAGUGCUGUGUUCACAUGUGUGGCUCAGGGUGUUCCUGAGCCUCAUAUCAUUUGGCUGAAGAAUGGAAAGAUACUCACGCCUGGCGAUAAUGUGAAGCUCACAAACAAUAACAGCACCCUGGCUGUAACUCGCAUCACAUCAGAGGAUGAGGCCAUAUACCAGUGCAUCGCUGAAAACUCUGCUGGCACUAACCAGGCCAGUGCUCGUCUGGCUGUGUCCCUGGCCAAAGAGCUGCCCGAUGCCCCUCAGGGCCUGAAAGCCACGGCUCUCUCUAAAACCACCCUGCAGCUCUCCUGGACACAGCCACCAGACGAAAUCACAGACGGGAUCAUCGGAUACGUUCUGCAUAUCUGCAAAUAUGGCGAGCCUGAAAGCAAAGAACUACAGGAGGCUGUGAGUAAGACAACAUUUCAGCAUGACCUCACUAACCUUGAACCUGCGACCACCUACUCCAUCUACCUGAAGGCUUACUCUCCACUGGGUGCUAGUGAACGCUCCAGUACUGUUGUUUCCACAACACUAGGGGGCGUGCCCAGUCCACCUACAUUUUUCACCAAAGCAAUAAACACCACUGCAGUCCAGGUCCUAUGGGAGCUGCCCAGUAAGCCUGGAAAAAUGGAGGGUUUCCGACUAUCAUACCGCAGGAUCCCCCACGGAGAGAUCCAGGGACCGAUUCAGUUGCCAUGCCAUGUUAACGCUCACACCAUUUCUCAUCUCGACCCUGGUGCUGUGUAUGAAGUCAAACUGGUGGCCUACAAUGGUAAUGGAGAGAGCGACUGUUCAAAGAAACUUGUGUCACUGGCUGAGGACAGGACUAGUGCUAAAACCAGAUCAGGAGAGGAGACUGAAUGUAACUGCAGGGGUGUAGAGAGCUCGGUGAGCAGCAUUGUGGUUGGCAUCCACAUUGGCAUGGCCUGCAUCAUUUUCUGUGUGCUCUUCCUCAUGUUUGGAUAUCGGCGCAGUUUCCUCUGUAGGAAGGGGACUCAGGACAGCUGGUCUGUACCACAGGGUGAAGAUGGAGGUCACCAUGCUCAGAGCAAUGGCAUCCCAAAAGCGGGAGUGACACGGCCUGCUCAAGGCAUUGAACUGGUUCCACAAGGUCAUAACACAGAUUGCCAGGCCCAAUGCCAGGUUCUUAUUGAGCAGCACUCAUCCAGUCUGCCAGGCACAGGCACAGGCACUUAGCUAGCGCUGCCUCUGUGAUCUACCUCCUUGUGGUUCCUCUGCCUAGCCUGCCCACCACAAUGUCCCCUUUAGUCCAUAUUUAUCAUGCCCUGUCUGUCACCUAAACUGCUGCUACUGUUUAAAGGUGUAAAUGGGUCUGUUUUAACUACAAAACUUUUGAUAAUUGAGCUGGUUUAAAUUAGUCUGUCCCAUUUGUUGCUUUUGCUCCUUGCCUAUAGAACCGAAGCUUGACUCCUUUGAGAUCUUUAUGUCGAUGUGUCUGCACAAUAACACCAAAUGAUGGCCUUAGGAGAUACUGAAGACAUUUGUUAUGCUAGCAUGCUAAGUUACAAAUAGUUACUGCACUUUUUCUGAGCAGAAAAACACAAUGGAAGCAAAAUACAACAAAAAUUAUACCAAAACCGCUUUAUAUUUUAUUAUCAAAGGGCUUUCUGCUAAAACCAAAACUUCAUUUUGCAAUGUGUCCUCUGGUAAUAAAAUGUAGCCUUACGUUGUGUCCGAACUGAUGCCACAUAAUAUAAAGACCAAACGUUGAAAUAAUUUCUCUUCAGUCAAACUCUUAUAUACGAUUUAGUGAACUACAUGAUUUACAAAACAAGCUACAACUAGCCAUAUUCUCAGUGGAAAUGAUUUCAGGGAACAGAGGUUUGUUUCAUUUGUUAGCCUUAGCUCGGAUAUACAAAGAUGAAUAACGUGGCCUUGCUUUUGCCUUCGCUUGUGGUUGUGUGAGUUCAAAUAAAUUGAUUGUUAUAUGUUUCACCGUACAUGCCUCGAGGCAGGCUAUACCCCAGAGGAACCAUAAAGUUGAUGGAUUCUUACCACCUUUCCCUCUUUCCUAUUCUUUAUAAUACCCACCAAAAGCUGUAUACCUCCAAAGAUAGCUACCUCAGAAUGUUAUGUUGGGCUGAUAUUAGCCACCUGCUAAUAAAACUUGCCUACCUCAGCCAAAAAAUAGCAGAUACCCGCUACUCUUCCCCCUGCCAGUGCCUGUGCCAGCUGCCUCCAGAACCUGCAUUCAGGUGCCCAUCUGGUCGACUGCCAUGGAGAGUGUGACCGUGGCUGCCCAUCCUCUGGCUCCAAAUAUUGCCUUAGCAGACAAAAGCUGUCUGGGAUCCCCUCCCUAACUCAUCAUCCAGAGAUGUUUUACAGAACCAUUUAAGCUGUGGAAUACUUAAAAACACCUUUGAUGCGAUUCUUUCCAAGUCCAUCCAUCCACAAUUAGGAUCCUGCCAAUCCGAUCCAAGGAUUCAUUUCUGAUGCUGCUAAACUCCAAAGAAAAAGAUGAAACAGCAGGUACAGAAGGGGAUUCAUUUUGUUCGGAGAAUGUGAUAUGGAAAUUCCGCAUGGAAUGUAUGGACCCUUGAGAAUUGUAAUGGGAUAUUUUUGGGCCUUUCCAUGUGGAUACCACAAAAACCUGUGCAACCGAAAGCUUAGGAUAUUUUGCUUUCCACCAAGGAAUAUGUGAUGGCAUCAAGACGAUGUUUAUCCAAAGAGAUUCUUUCCAGCCAAACCAACUGGUCUUUUCUCCAGAUGCCAAAUCGGUUGCCAUGGGAACUUGACGGGGCUGCGAGAUGAUGGUUGAUUUUGGGUUUACUGAGAAACUGCUGCGUUCUCUCUUUCCCAAACAAACAGGCAUGGCAGCAGAUUAUCCAAAAAAUUGUGUGAGAUAUGAAAACCAAGCUUUAUGAUAUCCAAAGA